AAUCAGCUAAAGGGGCGGGCUGUGGGGAGGAGCCAGCCGGGUCAGGUUUGGGAAGAAGCAGGGAGGAACGUCUAGGCAGGGAAAAGGCACGCUGGUCUCUAGAGAAGGAGCAGCAAAGGUCGGCGGAGAGAGAGCGCGAAAGAGAAAGAAAGAGGCACACAGACAGCAGCGCCUGGACUAAGCCAUCCCCGUGGAUAUCUUGAGAUCUUGCCCUCAGGAUAACUACAAUCAAGUGUGCUCCCAAACAGCCUUUCAGAAAAGAGAGGGGUGUCUUUCAACAUGAGCCAUGAAAUCUCAAAAUACCCUAAAACCCGAAUAAUGACGACUACUCUAGUGGUGACGCAGCACAUUUUGAGAGAGGACAGAGGGACUGAGGGGAAUUAUCUCCUUUAUGGAUCCACAGCAUCUGAGGUUACUGAAGAAACUGAAUAUAUAAAAGAGAUUAGAGCCACACUAGCAAAAGUCCAACCUCUGCUGUGUAAAAGCACAUCCAGCCAUGGUGUCACAAAUGACAUGCUGCUUUCAAAGACACAUUUCCAAGAAUCUGGAUUAGGACCUGAUGAAGUGGCUUUAGCUUCCUGCUACAAGGAGACGAAAAUGGCAGAACAAGAACUGUCACGAGUGAACAAGGAAAAUGAAUGGCUAACGCUCAAGCUUGAAGCUUCGAGAGCAGCAGGUGCUGAGGCUGUGAAAAAUGGCUCCCAUAAACUCCAAGAGGAUUACAAGAAGCGCUGUGAAGAUCUCAAGAAAAGACACGAACCAGCCAUCCACAUUAUGAAGGCUCGCAAGCUGGAGCAAGAACAAAAAUUAAAGCAAAGCACAGACCACCUCAGUCAGCUGAAUGUACAGCUGCAUGAAAAGUGCGCCCAGAUUGAAGAACUGGAGAACCGAGUACAAAGGAUGGAAGAGGAAAAGAAAACGUUGAAAGAAAAGAAAUGCUUCUUGAAAAAGAAGCUUCACCACAUGAUGUCAAAUGCAGAAGAUGCCAGAAGCUGUGUAGAAGUUCAAACGGAGAUCUCCACACUUCAAGAGCAAAUCAGCCAUUUGGACCAUGUGAUUCAUUCUCAGCAUCAAAACUUACACAGUGUGAUUCACCAGAUUGAAGAAAUGAAUAAUGAAUUAAAACAGCAAGAUGAAAGAAUAGAAAACCUGAAAGAAAAAAUUGAGAUGCUCCAAGCAAAGAACAAAGAACUGAAGUACAAAGUGGAAUUCUACUCAGGCCAGUCCAAGCCAAAGGCUUCCAAGGCUGUUUCAGCAAAACUUGAUGGGGCUGCACCCUACACCAUGAUAACUAGACGGCGCAACUGAAAUAUCAUGCAAAGCAGCAUUGUGUGGUCAGAUCCAUGGCAAGGAUCCUAUGUUCCUUUGACUUCCCUUUGCUGACCACCUUUCUGAGGAAUUCUGGAAAUCGCUCUGCCACAGCUCAUUUGGGCUUCUGGGCUCACAGGUGGAUUCCUGAGCUGGCCUUCCAAUGGAAGAAGUGAAGUCAGAUGCAGAGGAAGACAAGGAGAAUGGAGCGAAGCAGAACCUCCUUAUUUAUUUAUAGACACAAUUGUAGCAUGGUAACUGUUCUCGCCAAAUACAAAUACAUUCUGCUUUCA